CAGUGCAGUCUCACAACGACAAUCCAUGAGGGGACCUGGCUCAUCAGCCGAUCCCUAUAUCUCAACUUGUUUCUAUUUAUCGAUCGAACUAUCAGGCUGAAUCUCGACUCUUCUGACGCUCAUCAAAUACUGAAUCUGGCCAAGAACCGUGCACUUGAGCCCCUAUCGCCAUCAACGAUCGGGAUCAAACCUCUCACACUGCUAGAGGGUGCAUUGAAUCAAAAAGCUAAUUCGAUGUUGCACUGCAUUUCGAAAACUUGUCUUGUUUGUUCUACAAAAGCGAAUGGUUGAGGUCUGGAUCGUAUCACUAUCUGAACCUCACAAAUAGUGAACACUUUUGCGCGAUUCCCGCCGAGAUAGACUUCUAAGGUCAAGGCCAACAUCUCCUAUCUGGUUCUGUUCAUCUGGACCAACACUAAGCCCUAUACAGCAAUAUGGCACGACUAAUGCCAGACGAAAUAUGGGUUUCGAUUCUCUCCUACCUGCCCGACUUUCACUGCCUCAGAAAUGUAGCUCUGGUUUCUCCAACACACCUCCGCUGCGCCCCUUCGGCAUGUCGACAAGUGCUUCUGAACGAAAUAGGCUACCGCACACUCCCUGAUGCCAUAACGGCACUCGAGUCCUCGAAAAUCCAUCCGAAAGACCAACAUCUGGUUGUAGGCUUUAGUGAUGCAUACCUCAAGAGGCGAGCUCUUAUUCCACCAACGAUCAACCUGUCAGAUGGCGCUGCCCUGUCGGAGCUACAUAAGUACGUCAGCCACCUGGGGUCAAAGUUGCAGGAAAUCUCUCUGCAUCGUCUGGUGAAGGAACAGCGUGGCCUCGCCAACGACCGCCAUGACUGGCCAGACGCCCCCGCCACAGCCGAGAAGCCUACGGCUACCGAAACUGCCCGGUUCCAGAGAGCCCUGUACCGGUUCGAGAUCUACUGCAAGCUAUUCAAGGACCCAGAAGUUGUACGCUUCAACAUGGAUGUGGUCAACUUCCAGAGAGCACACUUUUUUGAGUGCUUGUCACCUUGGGAGAUCGAGCAGCUGGUAGCCAUCAGGGACCUACUCGCGGCAGCUGUCAUUGGCCCUCCACUGCGUGCUCUUGUAGAGCUGCGAAAGAACGAGGCCCUGCAGGCCCAUCACUGUGGUCCACGGCACGGCUCGCAAGUAGUGUACUGGACGAGUCCAAUUUUGCCUCCCAAUCUGGAGCGUCGCGACUGUCACAUCAAUCAGAACCAAGCGCGACUAUUGUGUUUUGGGAUAAAGUUUCUCUACGAAGUGUCCGUCUCGCCAUAUGCACACUUCUACCAACUCCUCCGGGAUCUUCCGCAACAGCCGCGUUACGCCAGCUACAACCGGGUGGGCGAAAUCUACUCCUGGUUUACUGACGCGGUCGAUGAGUGUGUUGAGCUGAGCAAUCUGGAACUCCCAUUCCAAAAGGCACUCUCAUCUUACACCGAGGAUGAGUACAAGGCCUACGUGCGGCAAUCCUUGGUCGCGGAGGAUCCCGACAAGGGGCCAGAAGAAGCAUGGUAUUGGGCAUAUCAAUCGUUCCCCGGAUCGACCUGCAACGACCUACGGAUGACCAACUGUCGACUCUUUGGCUUGUUUUUCUGGGACUCGAGUCGCCUCAAGACCAUCAACUUCUUCACGCGCGUCGAUUUCUGGUGGUGGCGGUGGGAGGGGGGCCGACAACCGGAUUUUGAUUGGGAAGUUGGUGCACCCUAUCCUCCAGCGUUCUUUUGAUGUAAAUCGCUUCGACCAUGAGCCGCAAAGAAUUCCAGAUAUAAGAGUUUACGAGU